GACAUGUUAUACAUAUUCAUGUGUGAGGGUGGUGUAUACGUGUGGAAAAUUUUGCUGUAGUUUAAAUACCACCAGACAUCCCUCAUUCCUAUCAAAAUAGUGAGUGGAGCCUUAAUCACACUACCUCAAGAUUGUCCUGUGAUUAUGACACCAAACGAAUCUUUAUCGUCAAUAGAUAAGGCCAUCUCCCCGGCUGAUGAAAAACGCUCUCAGAAUGCCAUCGAUGACAACAUAGACUCUCUUGACAUUACGAGUCCUUUCCCCACGGAUGAAGAAAUCAAGGUCAAGACAACGGCACUUGCCAAGGAACUCGAUAUCAAUGAGAGACGACUGAUGUGGAAGGUUGAUCUCUGUGUUGUUCCACCGUUUGUCUUGCUAUACUUUUUGGCAUUCCUGGACAGAAUCAACAUUUCAAACGCUAACGUCUAUGGUAUUUCUCGAGAUCUAAACCUGGUUGGUAAUCAGUUCAACACGGCACUCACUGUGUUCUUUGUGCCAUACAUCUUCUUUGAAGUGCUUUCAAAUUAUGUUAUGAAGAAAGUUCCACCUCAUAUCUGGCUCUCCCUUUGUAUCUUUUUCUUUGGAGUCGUUACCAUUGGAAUGGGCUUUGUUACAAACUUCGGAGGCCUUGUUGCUUGUAGAUUCUUGCUUGGUCUUUUCGAAUCUGCAACUUUCCCUGGUAUCUUUUACAUCAUGGCGACAUAUUAUACAAAAUUCGAAGCCCAAAGACGUAUAUCUGCCUUCUUCUCUUGUACAUGUUUGGCUGGUGCUUCAGGGAGUGCCCUUGCAUACAGAAUACAUGACCUUGACGGUGUUCAUGGUUACGCCUCAUGGCAGUGGAUCUUUAUCAUCGAAGGUGCAUUCACCGCAGGAUUGGCAUUCUUUCUGUUCUUCCUCAUCCCUGACUUCCCAGAAGGGUCCCGAUUCCUCAAAUCAAAUGAAAAGGAGUUUCUCAAGAGAAAGUUGGAGAUCAGUUCGGUCUCUUCAGGAUUCGAGGUCCAUCACACAUGGAGAGAUAUGCUUCAUGCAUUCAAAACUGAUCCACUCUUCAUCCUUUCUGCCUUUGCAUAUUUCUGCCUGAUUAUUCCAUCAUACGGUUACGCGUAUUUUGCUCCUACAAUCAUCAACCAGAUGGGUUACACCGCACAGUCGGCCAACCAGCAUGCUGUGUAUCCAUGGCUCUUGGCCUUUGGUGUCUCUAACGUUGUUGCAUUUUGCUCUGAUUUUACCAAGAUUCGCACGCCAUAUGCCCUUGUUAGUGGCUGUAUCGCCAUUGUUGGUCUCUCUUUGGUGCUCUCUCUGACAGAUGAUCCAAACGGGAGAUAUGCUGGUUGUUUCCUUACAGCCAUGGGUCUCUACACAGCCAUGCCACAACUUGUGUGUCUCACAUCCUUAAACUUUGGUGGUCAUUUAAGAAAAGGUUUAGGUACUGCAUUCCAAAUCGGAUUUGGUAACAUUGGUGGUAUCAUCGCCACUUUUAUCUUCUUGAAAGGAGACUCUCCACAGUACAAAAAAGGGCUGAGUAUCUGUAUUGCCUUCACUGCACUUGCUGUCAUCAUGUUCAUGGUGAUAUGGGGGUAUUUGGCACUGUGCAAUAAGAAGAAGCAGUCCACCGCAUAUCAGGAGAAGUGGAAUAACCUCUCCGAGAGAGAUCAAGUCCUUGCUGGUGAUAGACACCCAUCAUUCAAGUAUAUGUAUUAGAUUAUUCUGUUCUGCUCCAAAUCCCUUAUGUAUCGUUUACUCUAUGAUUAUCUGUACAAAUGAAUAAAAUAGAAACAACACACUAUUGGAACCAAAUGAUUGGUUGGCAG